AUGACACUUCCGCAGAAACAUAUUUAUUUAUUAUAAAAUUGAUUUAGUUAAAAAUCUUACAUGGAUAGUUUACACACUUAUGAAAGUUUCUAUUAUAAUUUCUAAAAUUUCUCCUUGUCUAUAUUUUUGCAUUUUGUUUCUUCAUUCCUUUCUUAAUUUUUUUCUUUAAUUCAUCGAUAUUUAUUUCUGUAUCUUUUGGAUUAUUCUCUGUUGAUUUUUCCUCUGGUGGAAUAAAUGCCUGCUCUCUGCGUUCUAUCCUUCUCUUUUUAGCCUCUUCAUGUCUAGUCUCUUGUUCUUUCUUCUUCUUUGCUCUCUUUUGUUCUUCUUUUAAGAAAUAUUCUCCAGACAUAAGCUGUUUAUCAAGUUUGCUUUCUUGCUGCGGCGGUGGGAAUGGAGUAUAUGGUUUCUUCUCCCUCUUCUUUCUUGGUUGUUUUCUCUUACUAACAUUUUUACUAUUAAACUUAGGUAAAAAUCUUUCCCAGUUUUCAUUCUUCAAUUUGGGGUCUUUUGCUAAUUCUCUUUUUAUCAUUAAUGCUUUUAUGUUAUAAAUAGGAUGAAUAUUUUUCAUAGUAUCUUCAGCAAUACGUCUCACCUGUUGUAAACCUUUAUAAGGUCCUAAUGCAGAAACUGUCUGUCCUUGAACUAAUACAUAACAAUUUGUUAAUAAUUCUAUAGAUUUCAAUGUACAUCCGUUUGGUCCAAUUAACCUUUGUCGUCUCUUAACAAAUUUUUCCUUAUUUCUUACAAAGGAAGAAAUUUUUAUAAUAUCAGAACCAAUGUUGUCUUCCAAUACUCUCACUGCUUGUUCAAAAGGAACCGAUCUAGACAUGAGUUUUAUCAUAUCUCUUGCUUUCACAAUAAUAUAAGGAUCCCAAGUCUUUCUUGUCGUUUUAACUGUCAUACUACCUUCCACGAGAUCUAAUUCUGCUUUGACCGCAUAUUCGUCUAAUGCUUUCUGUACCAGAGGCCAAUGUUCUUUUAAAUAUUGUUCUCUGUACUUUGGAAAUAAAGUAGCAAAAGAACUUUCCUCCAAAAGACGAUGUGGAUUAUCUUCAGGUUUGAAUGCUGGAAUUUUCAACGACCAGGCAUUAUCCACAGGUCCAGUCAUUUUCGGAAUCUCUUCUGAUUCUUUAUCACUCAUUUUUUACAAUAAAAUUUAUAAUUAAAACAUUACACGAAAUAUUUUACUUCCGAUCGAAAUUCACGUAUGAUUUUUAUAGGUUAUAGUUCGUAUUCUUUAGUAUUCAAUUAUACACUAAAUUUUUAUAUAUAAUAAAACUGUCUAUAAAAAUAUUUUCUUUUGUAUUAUUUUACGUUUCCUCGAUACAAUGAUAAAACAUGUAUCUUUAAAUAAACGAAAAGAAUACACAUUUCUACAUGCAAAUAGUUCCAUAAGCGCCACGUAUCGUCGUAUAUCGCAAAUAUACUACCAUCUACCGAUAAUAUGAAUGUAAUAAUUUGUAUAUAAACUAUAUAUACGUCUAUAUCUGUGUACAAAGAAGCAUAAAAUUUAACACAUCAAUAACAACGUAUUACUUUAAAUUAUUAUCUCUGUAUAAUAUAUGUUACAUUUACCAUGUGAGUAACGGAAUUAGUAUUGUAAUUAUCGGUAAAAUAGUACUCGACUUAACAGUUCCUAAAAAAUUUUAAACUUUUCAUGGCGCGAAUCACGUGUACGUAUGUUUAAAAUGAAGAUUUAAAAAAAAAAUAUCAUUGUUAAGUUAUUCAAUUAACUACUUUUCGAUAGAUAUUUAUUAUACUAAAAUAUAUAUACGUAGUUUUAUGUUUAUGUAAUUAUUUGUAUAAAUUAUUCCAAUAUUUUUUAAUGAAUAUAUUUUCUGAGGUUAAGUUUGUUAAAUAUAUACUUGUACGACUAACGAAAGUGAAUUUAUUUUUAAUACACAAUUAAUGAUUUAAAUUUUAAUAAAAGUAUAAUAAUAUCUCUGGCAAAUAUAUUUUUUAGUGAAUAUCUUUUCUGAGGUUAAGUGUGUUAAGUAUAUUCUUGUACGACUAAUGAAAAUUGAUUUAAUUUUAAUACAUAAUUAAUGAUUUAAAUUUUAAUAAAAGUGUAAUAUCUCUGACAAAUAUAUUUUUUAGCUAAUAUAUUUUUUGAGGUUAAGUGUGUUAAGUAUUUACUUGUACGACUAACGAAAAUUGAUUUAAUUUUAACACAUAAUUUAUGAUUUAAAUUUUGAUAAAAACGUAAUAUCUCUGGCAAAUAUGGUUUGCUGUAUGAUCUAGGAAAAAUAAAGAAUAUAUAGGGUUACGGUCUCUCUCCUAUACUCUUGACAGAGGAUCUACUCCCAGGAAUUGGGGAAGGAUUCCUGUGAUUGGUCAGGGAAACUUAGUCUACCACCAGCUACGCAGCAGUUUGAAAGGGGUUCUUCAGUUCUCCGUUGGCAGCCGUUGCCUUUAGAUCAUAUAUAUCUUUUCAUCAAUCAGUGAGCAUAUAUUGUUGAAGUGUUGAAAUAAUAUGUUUUAAUGGAUUUAACAAUAAACGUCGAUGCGUUUUCCACGAGGUCUGCGCGUUCAGCAAAAGGAAAAAGAAAUCUCGAGUGGCUGACAUGGUCCAAAGAGAGAUAGAGAGAGAGAGAAAGAAAGAGAGAGAGAGAGAGAAAGGAUGCGAGGGUGACUUCACCCUGGGAUUAGGAGAAUCGCGUAGACAGGAGCCGCAACACGCGUGACUAUCUCAAGGACUCCCUACAUCCUCGAGAGUCCCAUUGCAUCGAUCCUUCUCCAUCAGCCUUCUUUGCUUAUCUCGACUUGUUUCGUGAAGCUGAGGAAACCAUGGACUGUUUCAGGUUAAGGCAGCAAGCUGAGAAAAAUCGAAGAUAUUCUUUAUCUUCUUCUUUUCUCUUUUAUUUUUUCUUUUUUUCUUUUUUCUUUUUUUUUUUUUUUACUUUUGGACUUAUCUCCGAAUUCGCCGAGAAAAAGACACGCAUGCCGCAACCAGGAUCAGAAAAAAAGGGAUGUCUUCGAGGCUUCGAUUCUGCUACGAGUUUUACGUUACGGUCACGCAAAUGGGCUGUGGAUCGGCACGAGUUAUGGCGCGACUAAACGCUCCGCGGGUACGUCCGGAAAACAUCGACGUAUUCCCGUAGAAAAACUAUAGCCGUUAGCGGCAUACGAUGAAAGAAGAAGAAGAAGAAGAAGAUGAAGAAAAAGAAGAAAAAAGAAGAAGAAGAAGAAGAGAAGAGAAAAAAGACUUCGUGAUCGGGACGAGAAUCGACUGGAAAAUCGGACGAGAACUCUUCUACAUGCGUUUCCUUGUAUUAACUAAAGAGACAGUCACGCAUUUCGAGGGGCACGUUAAUGAAGAAAUUAAUAAAGCGAAGGAUAGAUGGAAAAAGAGGGAGCGAGAGAGAGAGAGAGAGAGAGAGAGAGAGAGAGAGAGAGAGAGAGAGAGAGAGAGAGAGAGAGAGAGAGAGCAUUGUGAAAAAAUAUAAAACGAAAUUAGUUAUCCUCCAUUAGUAGAAACACUCGAAAUGUUUGCAGCCGAUAGAAAAUAAAUAUUGGAAAUGUAGCAAAGAGCCAAGGUCCUACCUAUCGAAAUGGAAUUUCCUUGCUGUCAACGAUAAAUCAGAGACACCUUUGCCGAUCGUUUAAAAGACAAUGAGCGAACCGAGAAAACCGUUUGGUAGCAUGACACAGGGUCAACGACGACAGAGCGUCGUCGUAGUCGCGAUGGCGGUCGGUCAAAACGUAGGACGCAAGUAUUAACGAUAACUACAAAGUAGCAAAAGAAAAACGGCAAACUAACGAUAAAUCAGGGCUAUGGCAUUCCUAAGAUAGUGCUCUACCUGAAAGUCAUUACAGUGGCAAAGUAAUUCCCAACUAAUUCCAUGAAAUCAUGCAUCACGGCGAGCUCGCGCGACCAACUGAGAGAGAAAGAGAUAUAUAGAGAAGAGAGGGAGGAGAAGAGAAGAGAAGAGAAGAGGAAGGAGAAGAGAAGAGAAGGACGCGCCGAUUUAUUUGCACGGUUGCAAUGCAAGCGCGUCGAUCGACCGAGGAGCCGAGAAUGGAUUCUUUUUUUGUCGAUUGCGAGAGUAGCCUGAAAGAUGCAAACAUUGCCAUGUCGAAACGUUCGUGGGAAAGCUCGAAAAAAUCUAUUCCUAAAAAUGUCUUCAAUGGCAAUGAUAACGAAGAUUUGAAAAUAUCCAAUGAAGAUGAUGUGAAAAUAAUAGAAACUAAUCGAGUUUGGAAAAUAUGUGAGGAUAUAAAGAUCAAGAAAGAGAUAUUGGAUGAGAUCGAAGAUUUCUCAGCAAACGACGAACUCGUCGUCGUAGAAGACGUCGAGAAUCCUUUUGAGAAACGCAUAACCACUCUUACGGCCAGAGAACAGCUCGUAUGUACCAUUUGCAGAAUCGAUUUUCCGAAUGAAGAUGAAUUCAAAACUCACAUAAUCCUCCACAGUCACUGUGAACCCUUCCAAUGCGGCUUCUGCUCUAAGCGAUUUUCAAGAUCAUCGAAUUUAGAAAAUCACUUGAAGAGUCACAUUGACUUCAAUUGCAAUUGUUGUUCUCUAAAAUUCCAGGAUGAAAGUACCGUACGAAUUCGCAGAAUAUGUCCGAAGGAACGGUGCUUCGAAUGUGGAAUCUAUCAAAAGAAAUCUUCGCGCGAUCGCAAAGCGAGUUACGCAAAGAAAAAGUCGUUUGAGUGCUCGAUUUGCAAGAAGAACUUCUUGAGACGCAGCGGUCUCAGAGCUCAUACGAUCGUCCACACUGCUGAUUCUCCCUACGAGUGUAAUCUCUGUCCUGCAAAAUUUAAAAGAUCCUCCGUUUUAAAGACCCACAAAUUGACGCAUACCGAUGUCAGAAGAUUUGAAUGCGAUAUUUGCAAGCAUCGUUUUCAUUUAAAAGGUGCAUUAAAACAUCACAUACUGGCGCAUUACGGCGUAAGACCGUACAAGUGCAAGGAUUGCGGUAAGCGUUAUAGAAGAUCCUGGGGCCUAAAGGUUCACAUGUAUCGACACACGGGAGUGAAGCGCUUCGAGUGCGAUCUCUGCAAGGAUCGUUUCAGCGUUAAGACGAAGCUGGCGAAGCACAUAUAUCAACAUACGGGAGAAAAACCAUACAAAUGCAAGUUCUGUACUCGUCAAUAUGAUGAAAGAUAUCUUCUUAAGAGUCACAAAUGUCCGAUGAACUUGGAUACUUUUUCGAAAUGUAAAAUCGACGAUCAUGAUCGAUCUGCUGAGAGGAUUUUGCUCGUUUUGUAAUAAUUAUAGUAUGAUCUGAGUGUUCUAAUUAACGAGUAAAAAAGCCUGAUAUAUUGACAAUUCUAAUGAAGCCGAUAUUUGCGAUAAAGAAACGUCCACUCCUGUGUUUCUUCCUUCCAAGAUUUACAACUCUAAGAAAAUAA